UUCCCAUAUUGUCUCUAUGAUCCAGGUACAAUCGUUGCAGUAAUUAUUAUAACAAUAGCAACAGCUCUCUGUUGCCUCAAAAGAAGAAUUGUAUCAUGUUGUCGUAGACAUGCAAAAGAUGAAGACAUUGAAAAACUUCUACUCCAGCACGGGUCGCUUUCUCUAAAGAGAUACAAAUAUUCCGAAAUCAAGAAAAUGACCAAAUCUUUCAAAUUUAAGCUUGGUCAAGGAGGAUAUGGUAGCGUCUAUGGCGGUGUUUUACCCGAUAAAUCCCUUGUCGCUGUCAAGGUUUUGAUCGAAGCUGAUAGCAAUGGAGAAGAAUUCAUAAAUGAAGUUGCUAGCAUUAGUAGAACCUCCCAUGUCAAUAUUGUCAAUCUCUUGGGAUUUUGCUAUGAUAGAGACAAGAGAGCUUUAAUCUACGAAUUUAUGGCCAACAAAUCUUUAGACAAGUUCUUGAUCAGAAGUAACGGAUCAGCUGAUAAUACGGAUUGUCCUUUGAAUAUGGAACAACUGUACAAGAUUGCUCUGGGUGUUGCAAAAGGUCUAGAAUAUUUGCACACUGGUUGCAAUACAAGGAUUGUUCAUUUCGACAUUAAGCCUCAGAACAUUCUUCUGGACGAAGAGUUCUGUCCGAAAAUAUCAGAUUUUGGGCUUGCUAAACUGUGCAAGAAGAAGCAGAGUAUAAUAUCGAUGCUUGGAGCAAGAGGCACAAUUGGGUACAUUGCUCCAGAAAUAUUCUCCAGAAAUUUCGGAGGAGCUUCCCAUAAAUCUGAUGUCUAUAGCUAUGGAAUGAUGGUUCUUGAAAUGGCUGGAGCCAGAAAAUUCGACGAAAUGGAGACAACUCAAUCGAGCGAAAAUUAUUUUCCGGACAGAAUCUAUGAGCAGGUAAUACUUGAUGUUACCCAGAAAUUAGAUGAUCUUGAGAUUAAAGAGGAUGAAGAAACAUCGAGGAAAAUGUUUUUGAUUGGAUUUUGGUGCAUUCAGACAACUCCAUCGGAUAGGCCAUCGAUGUCAAAGGUUAUUGAGAUGUUAGAAGGAAGUAUUCAGGCCAUACAGAUUCCACCAAAGCCAUUUCUGUUUUCUCCUAUGCCAUCACACCAAGGAAUUUCUUCGUCAUUAUCAUCGUGCGUAGAGUCUAGAGAUUGAACAUUCAGUUGAAAGUGCUA